AUGAUGCAAUCCUCGAACUAUGAAUUCUUCGAAGCCGUUUUCCACGGAAAGAUCGGCCCGAACGACAUGCUACGAGUGUUUUGGGCGGUGAACGGAGAGGAGGACAGCCUUCUGAAGCGUGCCGCCACCGUCUACUUCGACCACGCUCUGGUUGGGAGGAAGCCGGCUGUCGUCGGGUAUCUGAAGGACAGUGAGUAUCCGAGAACGUCUUCUGUAACGUCGUAGAGCCUUUCAGAAAGGUUGGCGUCGGUCGCCCAUGAAAUUGUGCUCAACAACGCGCGUUCGGCGCUUUUCUUCUUCAAAUACUGCCUGCUUCCCGACGAAGUGACCAUUUUCGUGAACGAUGGGAACCUGACGAUGGUGGUCCCGGACAGACCGCAUCCGACAGCGUUCAUGUGCAUCGAUUACGCGCACACAGCAAGUCACGCAUUGAAGGCGAUCAGAAGGUUUCUGAAGAUAUGCACGACGCGAAGAAUGCGGAGGAUCAUUGUGAGCCUGCCAGGUGCCGAAAGAGAAGGUGAAGGGGACAUUUGCAUUCGAUUUGUUUUAGAGUUCAUGGAGCGAGACAUGAAUUUGACGGAGGUGAUGAAAGCGCACGCUUCGCAAUUCGAUUCGACCACCGACAAUACUCAUUGGAACUGUAGGCUCACUAUAGAGUUCCAGAUGCCUUAAGGGAAAUAGGAAUCGUAUCAUUUCGUUUUGUGAUCUAUCAAUGUUUCGAAUCGAUGCACGCGUUUGUCAGAUAUUUUUAUGAUGACGCACACAUUUCCUCAUAUAUUGUGGUCUCCGAUUCUCAGCGCGCGCGCCCGCUUCAUGCGUAGCCCCUUCCCAUUGAUUUUCCGCUUUCCUCUGUUUUCCUCCGAAUGAACUCUUUUAUAGUGAAAUGUUUUCAAUUAGCUCUAGGAGACGGGGUAUCUAGGGAUAUUGAGUAUUCGCUUGUCAAAGGUACAUUCUGGGGUCAAUCCCUUUUCGCCCGAUCCGCAAGAGCCUCGCUUGUACCUAUCAUCAACCGCUAUUCCGACGAUCUGAUCCGAUAUCUGAGUGAUAGUGAGUUUCCUGAAAAUGUUCGGCCUUGAAGAUAACGUAUCCGCUUUGCAGAACCGUUCGAACAUUUCACCACCGAAGGACGCCUACGCAACAACACAAAUGUGAUGAAAUUCCUGUUUGAGAACACAACCUCGACUGGCUUCGAGGGGUCACUUGUGAAGGUUACAGUCUACCGCUUUCACUCGGACGUCUCCUUCAACCUUCGACUGUUUCUCCGUCUCAAUCACUUGGACAACGAGUAUUCGACGACGGUCGGCCGCUCCUUUUUCGACAAAGCGUUCGAGAAACAAUACUGUCAGAUUUAUUUCGGGUUCAAAGGUUCUCAAAUCUGAUAUCAUUUAAUUAUCAUCAUGUUGAUUCAGGAGAAUCCAUCGAGCACCCUCGAAUUGUGCACUCGAUGGACGAGUUCCUGCGUGUAGCGUCUCCUCGGAUCGAGCUUCUUGACGAGUACGACUUCGUGCACGUCACUUACCCCAACCGUACAGAAGUCAAGUACAUCAAGCAUUUUCCUAUUGUCUCGUGA